ACAACCCCUCCAGGCUCCAACACCGCCGGCCGUCUCGUCGUCUUCAUCUCGCCGGACACGGUGCGGCUCCGACGACCUCCCUCCACGUCGCGUUUUGGCUCGCAGCCUCGCAGGUCGUCUUCUUCAUCGCAACUCCUUGCUCUGUCGGUGCUUCCUCUCCGUCACUGCUUCCUUCCCUUCGCCAAAGUCUGCUUCGCUGUGCUCGAACAGCAAAUGGCAUUGUCGGGAACUAUCCCAAGUAGUCAACUUCGAGAGGAUUAUAAAGAGGCAUUUAUGGGCAAAGUGGAAGUCCUUAGAAAGAUUUAUGUGCCUGUUAAUGAAGAUAAUCUUCAUUGGUAUCUUGUUAUCUUCGACAUGAAUCAGUGUCAAGUAAUUUUGUUGGAUUCCAACCCAGACCCUAAGAAGAAAGCAAGUAAAAUAUUCAGCAUUAAGCAAUUGGCUUUGUACCUUGAAGGGAUGCUUCAACAUGAAUCUUUCUAUGACUUUGAGAGUACAAUUAGGCCUAAGGUGUCUGAGUUUCCCAUUUUGGAAGCUCUCGGAAUAGGAAGACAAAGAAAUGACUCCUUUGAUUGCGGUAUUUGGGUAGCAACUUGGAUGAAGAACUGCAUUUGGAUUGAUGAUUACAACAUUUAUGUUGAUGAUGCAACUAGGAUGCGCAUUGCCAUAGAUUUGAUCAUGAAGUCAUACAAUCUGAAAAAAAACACCAUUAUCAAGGCUGCUAAGAAGAACUACAAAAAAAUUGAGGAAAAGAACAAGAAUUUAGUUAAAAAAUAAGAGUAUAUGUUACUUCUGAUUGCAUCAGUUGAAAAAAUUCUAAAUAAAUUAUGUUAACUAUAAAUGAUAUAAAUAAGUUAUUUUGGUGCUAGUACUUUUGUAAUGAGACUU